GAAACAGAGCCGCUGUCAUUAUUCAGCUGAGCGCACAAAGGUGAGCGCAGCGUCAGCCAUAUUCCCACCGCCGAACACAUUUCCUCGGAGGGAGGGGAAUCUUCGGCCGAAACAGGACUGAUUUGAUUCACCAGCUCUGAUUGAGGCUCCGUGGAAAUACACAAUAUUCUUUGACAGAAGAGCUCUACAACAGGAUUCAGAAUGCCUAAACCUGUAAAUGUUCGCGUCACUACGAUGGACGCAGAGCUGGAGUUUGCCGUUCAGCCCAGCACAACUGGCAAGCAGCUAUUUGACCAGGUGGUGAAGACCAUCGGGUUACGUGAAAUAUGGUACUUCGGACUACAGUGUAUGGACAGCAAAGGGUACUAUACAUGGCUGAAACUUGAUAAAAAGGUCUCCGCUCAGGAUGUGAAGAAGGAGAACCCUCUUCAGUUUAAGUUCCGUGCCAAAUUCUUCCCAGAAGAUGUAACGGAUGAGUUGAUCCAGGAUAUCACGCAAAAGCUGUUCUUCAUGCAAGUAAAAGACGGCAUUCUGAGUGAUGAAAUCUACUGUCCUCCAGAGACUGCAGUGCUUCUGGCCUCCUAUUCAGUGCAGGCCAAAUUUGGUGAUUUCAGCAAGGAAGUGCACAGACCUGGAUACCUGACCUCAGAUCGCCUCCUGCCUCAACGGGUUCUAGACCAGCACAAGCUGUCACGGGACCAAUGGGAGGAGAGGAUCCAGGUGUGGCAUGAGGAACAUCGUGGAAUGCUUAAAGAGGAUGCAAUGCUCGAGUACCUGAAAAUUGCUCAAGAUCUGGAAAUGUAUGGGGUGAACUAUUUUGACAUCAAGAACAAGAAGGGAACACAGCUGUGGCUGGGUGUGGAUGCCCUGGGCCUAAAUAUCUAUGAGAAAGAAGACAAACUCACGCCGAAAAUUGGAUUCCCCUGGAGUGAAAUAAGAAACAUUUCCUUCAACGAUAAGAAGUUUGUCAUCAAGCCUAUAGAUAAAAAAUCUCCAGAUUUUGUGUUCUACUCCCCGCGGUUGCGCAUUAAUAAACGUAUCCUACAGCUGUGCAUGGGGAACCAUGAGCUUUACAUGCGCCGCAGGAAGCCGGACACCAUCGAGGUGCAGCAGAUGAAAGCACAGGCUCGAGAGGAGAAACAAAACAAACAGAUGGAGAGAGCUCAGCUGGAGAGUGAGAAGAAGAGACGAGAGGCCAUAGAGAAAGAGAAAGAGCAGAUGGAGAAGGAGAAACAGGAGCUGAUGAUGCGACUCUACCAGUUUGAAGAGAAGACCAAAAAAGCAGAAAAAGACCUGCAGGAGCAGAUGCAGAGGGCCCAGCAGCUGGAGCGUGAACGGAGGCUGGCAGAGGAGGAGGCCGCCAGAUUGGAGGCAGAGAGGCAAGCAGCACUGUACGCAAAGGAGGAACUGGCCCGUCAAGCCCAGGAUCAGCUGAAGAGUCAGGAACAGCUGGCUGCUGAGCUGGCAGAACAUACUGCUCGUAUUGCACUCCUUGAGGAAGCCAAAAAACGCAAGGAGGAGGACGCUAUGACAUGGAAGCACAGAGCACAAGAGGCCCAAGAUGACCUGGAAAAGACCCGCGAGGACCUUCACAAGGUGAUGAUGACGCCUCUCCCUCCACCACCACCAGCUGCAUAUGAACCUGAUGAGAAUGAGUAUGACGAUGGCGAGAGCAACAGUACCUACAGUGCAGACCUGCAGACAGGCGGUAUCAAUGACCACCGCUAUGAAGAACAGCGAAUCACUGAGGCCGAGAAGAAUGAACGAGUUCAGAAACAGCUGCUGGCUCUGACAUCAGAGUUGUCCCAGGCUCGUGAUGACACCAAGAAGACUCAGAACGACCUGUUGCACACAGAGAACAUGCGCGCCGGCCGAGACAAAUACAAAACUCUCCGGCAGAUUCGCCAGGGCAACACUAAACAGAGGAUUGAUGAGUUUGAGGCCUUAUAAAAUAUCUGGACCAGGAAACUUUGGGAGGGAGGGAGGAAAUGAAUCUCAAAGCCCUUGUCCAUUUUCUUUCGUUCCCUAUGUCUGAGUGGUUAAUGCAGGAGGCACAACCUGCGAACACGUACCGUACACACACACACAGUAAUACAACAGAUUUGAUCCGUUUGAUAUGAACACUGGUUCAACAUGCACUAAAAACUACAAACUCACACUUGUUUUGUAAUUACAGUUAACAUGCAUAAACACAGAUACGUUUAUCCAUCAGAGGUGUACAUCGAAUUUAACGGUAAUAUUUUACAGUAAGGUUCUAUACUGUAGCAUUAGUUAAUGUAUGAGGAAUCAUGAACAUUUUUAACAUCAUUUAUUAAUGUUUGGUCAUUUGUUCAUUCUUGGUUUGUAAUGCUAAUUAGUGAUGACUCCUAAUGUUUACUUAUACAGUAUAUGUAGCAACUAACAUUAUCUAAGGGUUUAUAAAUUGUUCAGUUAUUUGUGUUAACUAGUGCUAACGUAUACAGCCUUAUUGAAAAAUAUUACCAAUUUCACAAAUACACACCAGUUUCUCAGAAUGUACUCAAAUCUGCUUUUGCCAUAAAAAUAUGAAACUAAAUAAUAUUUAAACACACGUGCCAACAAUGCAUCCCCCUUUUGUUAGUAAUUCAAUAAUCUGGCCAAAUUAUAGUUUUAACUAGUUUUGGGUUGUAAUAAGUGGUUGACCCCCCCCCCCCCACCCUUUUUUUCUUGUUAAUGAUCCACUCGGCACAGGACUUGGCAGUAUAAUCGUAAUUUUAUGUAUUGUCUUAUAUUAAAACUCUUUCAUUCAUGUUGAAUAUGGCUUUUGCCAGAAUAUUUGUUAUAGUGUUUAUUUAUUCAGUCUUUGGGUUAUUUAAGGUUUAUGGGUAGAUGUACUUUUCUUCUUUACUAAUGACUACAGAUUCAUUUGUUUAUUGAAUUCUGUACUGACCCAAAUGAUGAUCAUAUUAGAAUCUUUUUUUUUUUUUUGGAAGAGAUUCAUAUUUAACUUAUACUUUUAUAUAUAUAUUGGAUUAUGUUCAAAUGCAUCGUUAGAUUUCCAACAUUAGAUAUAAACUGAUUUUUUUUAUUUUUUUUUUAUGACUUAGUUACUGAAUGUUCAUGCCAUGACAGUGGGAUGAUGGAAGAUUUGUUUAAUAGCCUUUUGUAAUCUCAGUAGGUAUCUAAAUGGAUUUUGAUCUAUGCUGUUGGUAGUUCUCUAAGCAGAGAGUUUCUCACAGACUUGCUAGCAGCUCUUCAUAGUUUAAUUAAAACUAUAAAAAAUAGCAUAAAUCAGGUAGUGUUAAGACACCUUUACUCUGCUGUUGGGACCAAAUGUAUAAUAUAACCAACAGAAGAAUGGAGUUUUUAGACAUUCAGAUUUAUGAGGGACAUACAAAUGGGCAAAUAUAACAAUUUAGUAAAUAUAUAUAUAUAUAUAAUAUACGAAGACUGAGACUAAAUCUUAAAUGUAUUUGUUUCCUCCAAAUGAUCUUGUUAAUUCAUUCUUGAUUUUCCACCAUCCAAUUCAGCUGUUUUAAUCACUUGCAGCACUUUGAGCGCUUGUGUUUGAAAUUUAACUUGAUAUAAUCUAUACUCAAAUAAGCUUUUCAUACUACACACUACCAACCAAUGGCAGAGGACAGGGCUUAACACUAUAGUUUUUAACCCUGUGUUAUGAAGCUGAAUUGUGGUAUCAGAGCUCAGGCACGUGCACACAUAGACAUGAAAGGGGGCUUGAGCACUUGCCCAUUUUCUUCCUCCAGAGAAAGUGGCCUUUUUUUCUGGGAGUGUUUUUUAAUAAAUAAAUAUAUGUAUAUA